AUGCGCCAGCUGCUGAUAGACUCGAGCGACCAGACGCACACCAAAGACGCCUUCCGCCACGUGCGGGGCUUCGAGGUGCUGCUCACCACAUUACGCUCGCUCUCUGGCUUCUACAGGCCCGCCGCGCUCUCGCCGCCCGACCGCAUCGACUUCUUCGAGGUGAUCAAGGCGGCGCUGGACGUGCUGUCAGACGCUCUGAACGAGCAUGCGGGCAACAGGCGCUUCUUCGCUAAGCGCGUGGAAGACGACGGCUGGAGCGCACUGGAGCAGGCACUGGGCAGCACAGGCAUACUGGGCGGACUGUCUGACAGCAAGCGGGACGAUGCAGGCCAGGAGCAGCUGCUCGGCAACCUCUUCGCCUUUGCGCUGGGCGAGGAGGCCAUGACACGCCUGUUCAGAGACGUCGACAAGAACGCGGACGAGGGUCCAGCUCCGCAGCAGGAGGAAGCUCCAGCCGAGAGGGGCGAGCCACCACCCACGGACAACAUUGUUGUCUCGAGUCCGCGCGCAGGGUACGGCGAGUCCAGCAUCAAGCUCGGCCCACUGCGCAGCCACUUGCGGAAGCUCUUCAGCGGCAACGAGGUGCUGCAGAACCCAGACGUCAUGCCCACCAUCCUCCACUUCUGGCGCGGCCUGUCUGGCGAGGACGCACCGGGCGCAAAGUCGAAGCCACUCUCAGUCGCUGUCCUGCUCGCUAUCCUCGAGAUUACCAAAUUGUCGUCGUACAACAAAGCCGCACUGCACACCACCGGAGUGCUCAGCUUUGUUCUACCUCUGCUCUUCGAAAACAAGUGCGCCCCGGCUGAGGCCAGCCUGCUGCUGGAGCUUGCAGACAGCCUGAUUGAGUACGGCAUCAACAAGCUCGACGAUGCGUACUACCUCUUCCGCAAAGCGGCAUCGUCAGAACAGGCUGCCGUGUUCCUCCACCGAGGUAUGCAGACCUCGCGAGCUCCUCACUUCAUACAGUUCGAUCUCUCCCUGCACGGCUUCAGCGCUAUCGAGCUCCCAGACAUCGGCCGUCCUUUCCCACCCGUCUCCCAGGGCGGCGGCUACACAUUUGCGACGUGGAUACGAGUGGACAGGUACGACCCCAACUGCCACACUACGCUCUUCGGCGCAUACGAUGAUACCCAGACCUGCUUUCUGAUGGCAUACCUGGAGAAAGACACUCGCUGCUUCAUACUACAGACAUACAUGGGUCACGCCUCUGGCGUCGUUCCUAGCGUACGCUUCAAGAAGGCCCCGCGCUUUGAAGAGGGCAGAUGGUACCAUAUCGCCGUCGUGCAUCGACGAGCAAAGGGCAUAGGCAUGGGCAGCCACAAAGCUUCCAUCUUCGUCGAUGGCGAGUUCACAGAGACGAUAAAGGCGCACUAUCCUUCGCAUCCACCAGUGCUGGACAGCAGCCAGGAGAGCUUCGCUUCCAUGUCUUCGAGCAGCUCGAAGCACCACAUCUUGGCUUUCUUGGGUACUCCACGAAACCUCGCCCCUCGCUUAGGGAGGAACGUCCUGACCUCCAAGCUCUCUGUAGCAUCUUUCCACCUCUUCUCAGAACCCUUGUCAGACGAACUAAUCGCCGUGUAUCACAAGCUAGGUCCCAGGUACAGCGGUAACUUUCAGGACAGGCUCGGUUCCUUCCAGACGUAUCGCACUUCGGCAGAGCUGCACGUGCACAACGAGAUCCUGCACCCUGGGCGAGAGGAGCGCUCAGACAUUGUGACAGCAAUACGCUCGAGCGCAGGCUACCUCAUGCCCGAGUCGAAGAUCCUGCUCAGCUUCUCGCCCAGUUCGGUAAUGGACGAUGACGAUAGAAACGCCAUUGACGAAUCCCAGCUGAUCAGGUCGCUAUCAAGAGACUCGGCUAGGUCCCUUCAUAGAUACACAAGGGCACACAGCACGCCGAUCAUCAUCAACGCCGCCGUUCCCUCAGUCAACGAUGCUUUGUCGCAAGCACGUGGCUUUGGUAGGCUAUCAGGUAAUCCGGUUGUAGUAGUUCCCCAGUCACUCGAUGACGCCAUCUGGCGCAUUGGCGGAUGCGCAGCUGUUGGAUUGAAGCUUGUGCAGGCUGCCCAGUCGCUGAAGAGCGUACUGCGUGCAGUAGAGAUUCUUCUGGCGGCCGUUGAAGGCAACUGGAGAAAUUGCGAAGCCAUGGAGCAGAGCAAUGGGUUUGCGAUUCUUGCCGAAGUGUUGCGUCAGAAGAUUGGAUUCGCAAUGGGCGGUUUGGUCAUUCGAAAUUCUUCGUCACUUGAUGUGACCCCGGAGCAGUGCGAGGAGUUUGUCGCUCAACUGCUCUCGGUCAUACUUCGUUUCGUUGGAUAUGACGAGCAACACCCGGAAGAAUCACUCAUCAUCAACCCGCUUGCUUACCGGGUGCUUCUUGUGGAUCUCGAGCUCUGGCGUAGAGCGACGUCGUUGGAUACACAAAAGAAGUACUACACGCAGUUCAUACAUUUUGCGAAGGGCAGCAAGCAUCAUCAUUACAAUGCCAAACGUUUCCACCGAAUCAGAGUUGUAAAGCGCUUGACAGAUGCUUUGAAGGGCGAAGCCUUCACCCCACAGACCUUUCCACUAUUCCUUGACGCCUUCAAAGCCCUCUUGCACAUCAACUUCAAUGGGGAGAACGCUCGAUCACUGUCUCUGUUCGUCACGUAUGCCCUGCAUGACACGCGCGCCUCGUACGCGAAACGGACUCUUCGACCCAAAGCGAGCACUUUGCGCCUUCGCAGAGGUACACCCCCCAACCUGACACCCUCACUCACACCCAGAUCGUCCAGUCCGUCAUCCAUCACGCCAGAGUCUCCACCGAUCUCCCUGCCAGACCUAGGCUUAGCCAUAUUGAACCUCCUUUCCGAGUUCUUGUGCGACCCUCACAACCCUCACGAGAUCGUUCGCUUUGCCAAAAAUGUCACCAGCAAGUGGCUUCUGUACCUGCUUGUAGAGAACGACCAACGUGUCGUUGUACUUGGUGCGAAGAUACUGGCUCGCUUGCUUGUCACCAAUAGGCCACCCUAUGUCAAGAAGUUCGGUGAGAAGACAGGCGGCUUCACCGUCAUGAAGAAUAGGCUCCGGCAUUGGUGGAACACGCCUGGGAUCUGGACGAUUUGCUUCGCCAUCCUCUUCGACCGCGACGUGGCUACCAUAGACUUCGAGCGAGACUUUGACGUCUUCAACCUAGUCGACAUCUUCAUGACGCACCCACCGCAGUCGAAGUUGAGGAUAGCAUAUCCCGAGAUCUUCCCAGUCAUCACAGCCAUGCUGGACACUGGACUGCGAACUAUCGUACGGGAUCGUGAGACGGCCAACGCAGAUCGACCAAAGGACGAGAAUGCUGACAGCACUCCGACAAGGGGACGUCGUAGAACAAUGUCCCUCAAUGCCAAGCAGCCCACCGUCGAAACAGACACGAAAGCACCGCAAUCAGAGCGCCUCAACAACUACGCCGUUGUGCUCAACUCCGCCAUUCAGUUCUUGUCAGAGCUACACGCACGAUCUGAGGUCUUCCGUGACUACGCGAACACGUCGAACUAUGUCCAAGAACUGCUGUUUGUUUUGUACCCGGUCAUUGUUACUUCGGACAGCGUUAGCGCGGAGACCGAAUUGCUGUCAAGAGGUUCAGCCCUCACAUUCGAAGGUCAGGAUGUGGUUAUCCAGCCGGUAUCCGGUGCCAGCAGCCAGCAAACACCCAUCAUACGCACAAGUAAUGUUCCCGCCGCACCAUCGCCUGGUGCCCAAAGGGUCAUCCCGUUCCGAAGAGCGUCCUCCUUCGUCCUGGUUUCAGCAGACAAGGCAAAAAAGACUGCGAAGCAGCCGCCACUCAACCCUAUAACAUCACCGCGAAGCACCGCACCUGUGGCAAUGAAAGUGGGCAGCUCGGUGGUGGAAGCUAUGCUCGAGGUUGUCUUGGACAUUUUCAAGGAGCAGCUGUUCACUCGAAAAGACUUCCCCGGGCUUGGCUUAUUCAUGAAGACGCCGCCGGGUUUCCAGGAGCACCAAGCUUACUUCGAAUCAUAUAUACUUCGUCAGAUCCUGUUAUCUGUCAAGAACUCUCUACAGCUGGACCAGAACCUGCUCCACGAGCCCCGUGUUCUCAUCAACCUAUCACGCUUCGUCAGCCACAUCUCAGAAGCAGUCUUUGAAGGGUGGUUUCUUCAGGGUGCAGAGCCGCUGCUGGACUUCACAGGCUUCCUGCUGGAGUACCUCGAGCGACCAGAUAUCGCGGCGAUCAAAUCGGUCAGAUUGUGCACACAAGCGAUUCAGACGAUGAGAGCGACAUUCCUCAAGGUUGCAUUGCUCCAACUCGCCGAACCGGACGAUUCCGAAGAUGGGUCCAAUACCACAUCGAUCAUCGAGAAGAUGGUAUACUGGCAGCCCAUCAUCCUCUCAUCGGCAAACACCGAUACGUUCUCACUAAAGAUGAUCUGCUACCUCUUCUAUACCAAGCUAUCAUCGGAGUACGAACAAGUCCGCCUGGCUGCAGCCAACUUCUGGCGUCUGCUGCUGGUCCAAAAACCCCAUGAGACUUCGAGCAUCCUCGGCAACGCUAUCCAGACAGAAAACAAGAAUCUGUAUGAAGGCUUUCAGAAGCUCGUAGAGCUAGACAACGAAACGUUUCUGCAAUGGUUCGACACGCACCGAGCGGAUCUUGAUAAAUUCUUCUACGGGUCCAUGACUAGGACAUGGGAAGAGUUCGCGCACGAACAGAACAAACGUACCGAAGAGACAUCAACAAGACGCAUCGGCAAGCGAAAGGAGAAACUAAAGCAAUGGCAAGCAGAGGAGCUCACGUCUGAGAAUAUCUGGAAUCACCACGAGAACUCGACAGGCCAUUGGAGGUCAAACAUCCAUGCUUCCGAGCGCAUCAAGCACCAGCGAGUGCUGCAGGACCAACAAGACAACGCGACCUACCUACAAACAGUCCUCGUGAAGCUCGACCACCAGCUCAAGGGUCCUUGCGCGUUGUUCGACAACAGUCCACCCGCCAAGUGGCGCCUCGAUGAGACGGAAGGCCGCGACCGCAGACGUAUGCGAAUAAUUCUCGACAACACAAAUCGCGAUCAGCAGUAUCAGCCCAAGCGCAAAGAUACAGACCCAGUGGGACGACUAAAACUAGACACUAACGUUUACCCGAUUACUGCCAAAGACGCCUUGGGUGUGACACCAAUCGGCCGUCGAUCGGGCACACCAUCGACAAUGACCAAGGAAGAGUCGCAACAGGAAGAUGGAUCAGGCAGCGAUGAGGAUUUCGAGAUGGUGGACGCUCUAUACGAAGACGAUGAUGGCUUCGAGGACAAAAAUCGCAAGGUCAUGCGCAGUCUCAAUCGCGGCGAUCAAGUGCAGUACGUCUGCAACAUUUCUCGGGUCGUGGGUCUGGAAGCUAUCGAGGGCCUGCUCAUCGUGGGCAAGGACUGCCUGUACUUGCUCGAUGACUUCUUCCAGAGGUCAGACGGUGAGAUUGUGCGAGUAUGGCAGGCGCCUCCGGACGAGCGUGACCCUUACGUGCAGGUCAUUGCUGGCAAAGAGGCAGUCACGAACCGCCGACCUCCAACAAGAACACAAGAAGAGUCAGCACGACACUGGAAGUGGAGCGAGGUCAUCAGCAUAUCCAAACGCCGCUUCUUGCACCGCGAUGUCGCUAUCGAGGUUUUCUUCGAUGAUGGGCGCAGCUAUCUGCUCACUGCGAUCUCUGCGCAGGCACGAAACGACAUCCAUGGUCGAGUUCUGCAACGCGCAUCGCACGUCGUCAAUCCGGAGAAGCUGGUCAACUCCGAGAUCGCAUGGCGACUUGACUCGCUGCGCAAUGUCGAGGAAGCACCACAAACUUUCGGAUCACGGUUCGCCUCCGCUUUCAGCUCCGUGUCAUCGCAUCCAGCGACCAAGAAAUGGUUGAAGGGCGAGGUGUCGAAUUUUCACUACUUGAUGUUCGUCAACACCUUGGCUGGACGGACCUUCAACGACCUCACGCAGUAUCCUGUGUUUCCUUGGGUAAUCUCCAACUACGAAAGUGAAGAGCUGGACCUGGCCGAUCCUCGCAACUUCCGAGAUCUCAGUAAGCCAAUCGGUAUUCAGCACCCCAGGCAGGAGCAGUCGAUACGCGAGCGUUUCAGCUCCUUUGCUGAGAUGGGUGACCCGGAUCAUGCUUUCCACUUCGGUACCCACUACUCGUCUGCUAUGACCGUUGCAUCCUAUCUCAUGCGCCUACAGCCAUACAGUGCAGCCUUUUUCCUCAUCCAAGGCGGUACAUGGGAUCAUGCUGAUCGCAUGUUCUACUCAAUCCAAAAUGCAUGGGAGUCGGCGUCGAACAAGAACAUGGCCGAUGUUCGUGAGCUCACACCGGAGUUUUUCUUCCUUCCUGACUUUCUCACCAACGUUAACGGCUACAACUUUGGUUUGCGCUCGGACGAGUCGAGCAUCGACAAUGUACAGCUACCUCCAUGGGCAAAGGGUGACCCAGCAAUCUUCAUUGCCAAGCAGCGCGAAGCUCUCGAAAGCCCACACGUCAGCGCAAAUUUGCAUCACUGGGUCGACCUGAUCUUCGGUCAUAAGCAGCGCGGUGAAGCUGCUGUCGAAGCAGCCAAUGUCUUCCACUGGAUGACCUACCAGGGUGCCAUUGACCUGGACAGCAUCACCGAUGAGAAGGAGCGCGCUCAGAAGAUCAGCGUGAUCAACAAUUUCGGUCAGACACCGACACAAGUCUUCCAACGUCCGCACCCAUCGAAAGAAAACGUUGCAAAAGCAACGAAACUCGACACUGCCGCUGAGAGCUUACAUCGCGUACCUGGCACACUCCUUGACGCUCAUGACCGUAUCUCCUCUCUCAACUACAUCGCUAAAAGUGACAAGCUCCUCUGCUCCGCGCCCUUCAGGCACAAUCUCCCACCCCACUACAACGUGUACAUGGAGUGGGGCUUCACCGAUGGCUCCGUUCGAUUUUAUGAUUCACACUCGAAGCGCCUCCUUGGAUUGUUCGAACACCUGCAUUCUGGGCAACUCACCACCAGUUUCUUUGUCGACGGCCGUACUCUGAUUACAGCAGGCACAGAUUGCACGUUAGCAGUCUGGAACGUUAUCCGCGCAGAGAAGGGCCACAUUGAGCUUCAACACGUGACAAGUCUCUUCGGACAUAAGUCGCCUGUGAUCAGCCUUGCAGCGAGUCGCGCGUUCUCUGCAUUCUUGAGCGCGGAUCAGGGCGGUAAAGUGUUCCUUUGGGAUUUGAAUCGCAAUGAGUUUGUACGCGAGCUUGAUCUCGGACCAAGACAAAAAAGGGUGCAAACGCCAGUGCAAGCUGCUCGCAUCAACAGCGCUACCGGACACAUCGUGCUUGCUGUCGAGUCGAGACUUAUUGUUACCACGCUGAACGGCACGGUCUUGCUCGACGAGGACGUAUGCGACGGCGACGACGAUACGGAAGGGAUCACCGCCGUCGCAGUAUAUGAGGGUGUAGGCAAUGAGUGGUGUGAGCGUGAACUCAUCUUCACCGGCCACCGUCGCGGCAUCGUCAAGAUCUUCCACCUCACCCCCACGCCAAGCACACCUUUCACUGCCACCAAACCCUCCUCCGCUGCGCAUACAACACCGAGUCGACCGGCCUCAACAUGGUCCAUCGAUCUUGUCAACGUACUCGCUCACGGAGACCCGAUGAUUGAGCGCACCGCUGCGCCGAUAACCUGUAUACUACCGCUGGAAAGGAGUGUGUAUACCGGGGAUGAAGAUGGCAGAGUUUACGAGUGGGAUUGCGUGCAGCGACAUCAUUGA